AUGGAAGAAGAAGAAGAGGAGGAGCGGGGGAGGGAGAGGAGGGAAGCAAGGGAGAAGCGGGGAAAACAGAGGGGCGAGGCAAGGACGGGGGCCAGGAAGGCAGAAGGCAGGGAGGGGGAGAGGAGGGGAGGCGAGGGCCGUGGGGGGGAAGGAGGAAGAGGGGCGGAGAAAGGCAGCGGCGGGGGGGCAGACGCGGGAGAGGGGGGAGGCAGGCGAGCACAGGAAGGGCAGAAGAGGAAGGGGAAGGAGGCAAGGAGGGGGGGGAGAGGGAAGGGACAAAGGCAGAGCAGAGCCGGGGGGGGGAGAGGGGGGGAAGGGGGAAAGGCAGGGAGGGCGCAGAAGGGGAGCGGGAGGCAGGAAAACAGGGGCCAGGGGCGGACAGGGGAAAAAAGGGAAAGGAGAGAGCAGGACAGGAGGAGGCAAAAGGGGGGGCGCGGGGGGGGGGACGCAGCGGGGGGGGAAGAGGAAGGGGAGACGGGAAAAGCGCAGAGGGGAAAGGGCGGGAAGGGAGGCAAGGGAGGGGAAGAGAGGAGGGAAGGGGAAGGGAGGCAGAGGGGCCGAAGCAGAAGAGGAGGGGGGAAAGGAGGCAAGGGAGGAGGCCGGGAGCAAGGCAGACGGGGAGAGGGAAGGAGAGGAGGGCCGAGGGAAGGGGGACGGAGGCAGAAACGGGAGGGGCGGGAGGGCCGGAAGGAAGCACGGGGAGGCCGCGAAGGGAGGGCACCAGGGAAGCGGGAAGCAGAGGGGAACCAGACAGGGGGCGGGGGGAGACCCGACAGGGGAGGGGCAGACCCCAAACAGGGAGACAGGAAGGAGAGAGGAAGCGGGGAGACAGACGAGGGGAAGGGCCAGGACGGAAGAACAGCGGGGGCCACGAGGCGCCGGAAAGGGAGACGCGAGGGAAGGAAGGGGGGGCAGGGAGACGGAGGCGCGAACCACCGGGCCGGGGAGGAGAGGGAGAGGGCCCAGCACAAGCGGGGAGAAGCGGGGGGGCAAAAGGGGAAGGAGGCCGGGCCAAGGGGAGGGGAGGGCGGGGCAGGAAAGAAGAGCCAAAGCAGCGGGAAGGGACGGAAGGCGCGGAAGGGGGCAAGCGGGGGGAAGGAAGGAAGAGCGACAGCAGAGGCAGCGACCGAAGAGGAGGAAGGGGGAAGCACAGAAAGGGGAGGCAAGAAGGGGAGAAGGGGCGAGGGAGCGGAGAAGGGGAAGGGGGGGGGAGGAGCCACAGCAGCCGGAAGCGGGGAAAAGGAGAGAGGAAGCGGGGGAGGGGAGCACAGAAAGGGGGGGACAGAGCAGGGGGGAGGAAGGGGAGGGAAGAGGAGGAAAGGGAGCCCACAGGCAAGGGCGGGAGAGGGGGAGAAGGAAGCAGGAGGAAAGACGGGACGACGGGCAGAAGGGAGCCCACAGGCAAGGAGGGAGCGGAAGGGAGGGAGGAGGGGGAGCAGGGAGGAGAGAAAGAAAGCAAGGAGGGACGGAGGGGAGGGGAAAGAAGGGCAAGGCGAGCAGGAAGGGGAAGGGGAGGAGGGAAACGGGAGAGCAGAGGGCGGAAGGGGCCCACAGGGAGGAAGAAAAGGAACAGGAGCGCGGAAGGGGGAGCAGAAGGAGAGCAAGGAAGCGGAGGGACGAAAACGGGAGCCGACAGGCAAGGGGAGGGCAGGGGAGGCGGCAACGCAGGGGAGAAGGGGGCAGCAGAAAGAAAGGGGGCAGGGGGAGCGAAGGGAGGAAAACGGGAGCCCACAGGCAAGGGGAGGGCACGAGAGGCGGCGGGCGCGGGAGGAAGGGGGAAAAAGAGGAGCAGAAGGGGGCGGAAGGGGAGGGAAGAGAAGGAAAACGGGAGCCCACAGGCAAGGGGAGGGCAAGAAAGCCGCAACCCAGGAGAGAAGAAGGGGAGCACAAGGGCGGAGAGGGAGAAAGGCAGGGCAAGGAGAAGGCGAAGGGGCAGGGGGGCAGGGGCAAAACAGGGAGGCAGGCACGGCCCAAAAGGGAGCACGGGAGGAAGGAAGCCACGAAGCGGGCGCGGGGCGGCGGACGAACGGGAGGAAGGGACGGGAGGGACAGACACGCGGGGGAGGCCAAGAAGAAGAAAAGGGAGCGGGGGAGCCAAAGGCGAACGGGGGGGGGAAAGAGGGAGGGGGGGGGGGAGGAGGGCCAACGAGGGGGGGGAAAGAGAGCGGCAGGAGGGAGGGGGACGGGAAGGGGAACCAAAAAGGGAGGAGGGAGGAGGGCCAACGAAGGGGGGGGAAGGAGGGCGGCAGGGGGAGGGGGGCAAGAAAGCAAGGAGGAGGAGGGAGAGGAGGAAGGGCAGGGAGGAAGGGCGCGGAAGAAGAGGGGAAGCAGGGGGAGGGAGCAGGGAGAAAAAGAGCAGGAAGAGACGCCACGAAAGGGGAGGGAGGGAAGGGGGGCAGACAGGCCAAAGGGGAGGGGAGGGCAAACAAGAAGGCCAAAAGAGGCCACAAGGAGGAAGCGGGGAGGGGGGCAGAGAAAGGCAGAAGGGCAAAGGAGGGAACAGGGGGGGGCAACAGAGGGAGGAAAAGGGGGCAACAAGAGGAAGGAAGGGAGGAGAACAAAAGCAGGGAACGGGGGGGGCACGGGCAGGGAAGAAAGGCGGCAGGGAGGAAGAGAGGCGGGAGGGGCGGCAAAAGGGAGCCGGGGCCAGGGGAGGGGGAAGGCGCAAAACAAGGGGGGGGACAGAGAAGGAAGACGCAGGAGGGGCAGGGCAGGGAAAGGGACAGGGAAGGGAGGGGGAAGGGAGGGGGGAGGAGGAAGAGGCCAAAGGGAGGGACGGAGACGGGGGGGAGGGGCGAAGGGAGGGGAAGGCGGCGGGGACGGGACGAGCGGGGGCGAGGGGGAGGAGGGGGAGGGACAGACGGGGCAACGCCAAGCGCGGAGCGGGAGAGAGAGGACGGAAAGGGAACGGAGAAAGAAGGCAGGGAAGAGAGGGAGCAGGAGGCGAACAGGAAGAGAGCGCGACGGAAGGCAGGCGGAGAAAGGGGGAGAGAGCAGACAGGGGACGCGGGGGACAAGGGGGAGGCGGGGGCGCCGGCAGGGGGGCACAGAAGGGAGGGGGAGAAACAGCCCGGAAGGGACCGAGAAGAAACAGAGGGGGGGGGCAGGAAGGACCGAAGGGGGAGAAGGAAAAGGCAGGGGACCAGAAGGGAGACGACGCGGAGGAAAGAGAGGACAGAGCACGAGGAGGCGGGGGGGGGGGCGGGGAGGAAGGGGGGCGAGGACGGGCACCAAGGGGGAGAAGGGAAGAGGGGCCCGAAGAAGAGAGAGGAGAGAGGAGAGAGGAGGGCCGGAAGGAAGGGGGGCAAGGGGACGAGGCGGAGGAAGGGGGCGGGGGGACGGAAGAACGAGGAGGGGGAGGCAACCAAACGCGGGGCCGAAGAGAACCGGGAGGGAGGGGAGACAGGAGGAGGGAGGAGAGAGCACAGGCAGGGACGGGACGCAGACCGCGCAGGAGAGACCAAGACACCAGCGAGGGGGCGGAGGCAGGGCGGAGGCAAAACAGGGCGGACGGGUGCAGGGGAGGAGGGCAAAGAAGGCGAACGGGCGACCGGGGAAGAGGCCAACACAACAGGAACAGCAAAGGGGGGAGAGCAAACGGCGACGCGGCCGCGAGAGACGAGGGCAGGGCGCGGAGACGAGGGGGAUGGGGAGGUAGACGAGGGAGAGCGAAACAGGGCGAACUGGGGUGGGGGGGGCGAGGCGGGAGCAGGGCGCGGCGGUGUGCGCCUCCGCCGUGGGGGGGAGAGGAGAUAA